CAAGAAAUUCGAAUAUGCUUGAAAGAACGUUCUUGUCACUAUUCUGCUAGCGUACUGCACGUUUGGUGCGCACAUUGACAUUCAGCACAGCUCCUGGUCCCUCACGAGGUCACUGUUCCCGAUGCCUUGGUGAAAAAGUACGAGGACUCUAAAAUUAAGUUUCUCGAGAACUACUACAAGGCUGCCAGAAAACCAAUGCUCUGGUCUUCAGUUCCGAUAUCACUCUUCCAGCUGGCCAGUCCCACAUUGCUUCACAGAAGAUAGAGUACAGAGACCCGGACGACACUUCGGACCUGGAUCCUCCACAACCAGAUAGAUACAACGGAAUCUCGAAAUCUGGAUUCCUUACAUUUGGCCACUUUCCGGCAGAGGCACACUGCUUUGAUCCGGACAUGAUGAGUGAGCUGGAGGUCGAUAUUGCUAUCUUAGGUGCUCCCUUUGACACCGGAAUCUCGUAUAAGCCGGGAUCCCGUUUCGGCCCAGACGCGAUCAGACAAGGUACUAGAAAGUACUCUGCAGUGUUCUCUCCCUACAAAGAAGGAUUUAACCCAUGGAACAGUUGGGCCAAAAUUGUUGACUGCGGUAAUGUUACAAUGACCCCUGUGGAUAACAGAGUUGCUUUAGACCAGCUUACCGGUCGGAAAGGGAAGUAUCCUCGGUUUUUGGCCUUGGGCGGUGACCACACCGUUACUUACUCAGGUAUCCGUGCUGCAUUUGAGAAAUACGGAAAAGUCAGUGUUCUACAUUUUGAUGCCCACCUGGAUACUGUGGAUCCAUACUAUAUGAACCCAAAUGUGACAGACUAUGCUGCUUUGAACCAUGGAACUUAUCUUUAUUGGGCUCACAGAAAAGGGUGGACUGCAGAAAACAACAGCCAUGCAGGACUUCGUGGAUGGUACGAAGACAGAGGAGACCCUACGAGAGACUACACGGAGUCCAAGUUCAGCAAGAUCAUGGCAAGAGAUAUUGACAAGAUUGACGGAAUCAUUGAAAAGAUCAAGAAACAGCUCGGUGACUGUCCAGUCUACAUUAGUUUUGACAUUGACGCUUCGUAG